AUGACUCUUCCACCAGGCUAUACUGCAAAACCAGGAGAGAAACUAUCACCGAAUCAUAAAGCACAUACUGAUCACACACUGUUUGUGAAGAAUCAUAAAGGAAAAUAUAUUGUUGUUCUGGUGUAUGUGGAUGAUAUUAUCAUCACAUCAAAUGAUGAGGCAGAUGUUACUCAACUCAAAUCUGAUCUACGGAGUUCUUUCAAGCUUCGAGAUCUAGAACCAUUGCGUUAUUUUCUUGGUCUUGAGAUUGCAAGAUCUAGCAAGGGAAUCUCCAUCUGUCAACGAAAGUAUACGUUGGAAUUACUCGAAGAAACUGGUUUAUUGGCUUUUCAGGCUUCUACUUUACCGAUGGAUCCAUAUGUGUCACUCGUCCAAGAUAGUAAGGAGCCUCUGCUUGAUGAUCCAAAGCAAUAUAGGAGAUUGGUGGGAAGGAUGAUGUAUUUGACAAUAACCAUACCCGAUAUUACUUAUGCGGUGAACAGAAGCAUUGGUUUGGGCUUGUUCUAUUCUGCUACUGCAGAUCUUACUUUAACAGCUUUCACAGAUGUUGAUUGGGGUUCUUGUAAGGAUUCUAGACGCUCCACCACUGGAUUUUGCAUGUUCCUUGGAACCUCUUUGAUCUCCUGGAAGUCCAAGAAACAAAGCACUGUCUCCAUGUCUUCAGCUGAAUCUGAAUACCGUGCAAUGGGGGUCGGCGUCAAAGAGAUUCAAUGGUUAGUGAAUCUACUGACUGAACUGCAGGUACCUCAAGCUAAAGCGGUUGCUUUCUUUUGCGAUAACACAGCCGCAAUUCAGAUUGCAAAUAAUGAUGUCUUUCAUGAAAGAACCAAGCAUCUGGAGAUGGAUUGUCACAAAGUCAGAGAAGCAGUCUCUAAUGGUCUUGUGAAGACACUCCAUGUCAAGACGGAUCAACAACUGGCUGACGUUCUUAUUAAAGUCGUACAGCCUGGACAGUUUCAUUCUCUUAUUGGCAAGAUGGGUUUGAAUUCAAUCUACAUGCCAUCUUGA